AUCAAUAAAAACAGCAGUUUUUCUGCCUCUUUACUCUAAGUUAACACUCACUCCCUGCCACUCAAUCACCACUCUACUUUCCAGCUUAGACAUGUUCAGACAUUUCCUUCUCAAACGUUCUCUUGGUAUUCACCAUCACCAUCACCAUCACCAUCACCACUACCACUCUUCAACUCCUUUACAUUCCCACCCUCUCCGAACCCUCCCUCCAAAACCCUCUCUCCGCCGAUUCUCCUCUUUACCAGAACCCAACACCGAUGCCGAAACCCGCAAGUACUUGGGCUACGCCGCCCUCCUUCUCUUCUGUGGCGCCGCCACUUACUACUCCUAUCCAUUACCUGAAAACGCCAAGCACAAGAAGGCCCAGAUCUUCCGAUACGCCCCUUUACCGGAGGACCUGCACACCGUUUCCAACUGGAGUGGCACCCAUGAGGUGCAGACCCGUGUUUUUCACCAACCCGAGAGCCUUGACCAGCUCGAGCGUGUUGUCCGUGAGGCCCACCAGAGCAAGGCCCGAAUCCGGCCCGUAGGCUCGGGACUUUCCCCAAACGGAAUUGGGCUUUCGCGAAAAGGAAUGGUGAAUUUGAGUUUGAUGGAUUCGAUAUUGGAAGUUGAUAAGAAGAACAAGACUGUGAGAGUGCAGGCUGGGAUUAGAGUGCAGCAGCUUGUGGAUGGGAUUAAGGAACAUGGACUUACUCUACAGAAUUUUGCUUCCAUUAGGGAGCAACAAAUUGGUGGCAUCAUUCAGGUUGGUGCACAUGGCACUGGUGCAAGUUUGCCUCCUAUUGAUGAACAAGUUGUUGCCAUGAAACUAGUCACCCCUGCCAAGGGGACAAUAGAAAUCUCAAAAGAGAAAGAUCCAGAGCUGUUUUAUCUUGCUCGUUGUGGCCUUGGAGGACUUGGAGUUGUGGCGGAAGUCACCCUACAGUGUGUUGAUCGACAGGAGCUUGUGGAGCACACAGUUGUCUCAACCAUGGAUGAGAUAAAGAAGAAUCAUAAAAAAUUGCUCUCUGAGAAUAAGCAUGUCAAGUACCUUUAUAUCCCUUAUACUGACUCUGUUGUGGUUGUGAGAUGUAAUCCUGUUUCAAAGUGGAAAGGCCCCCCUAAGUUCAAGCCAAAAUAUACUAAAGAUGAAGCCAUACAGCAUGUUCGUGACCUUUACAGGGAGUCCCUCCAGAAAUAUAGAGUGGAAGGAUCUAGGGAUAAAUCAUCCGUUGAUGAACAAAAUAUAGACGAACUAUCUUUUACAGAACUAAGAGAUAAGUUAAUUGCCCUAGAUCCACUUAAUAAAAAUCACAUUGUCAAGGUCAAUCAAGCUGAGGCCGAGUUCUGGAAGAAGUCCGAAGGAUAUAGGGUUGGAUGGAGUGAUGAAAUAUUAGGUUUUGAUUGUGGAGGCCAACAGUGGGUAUCAGAGACAUGUUUCCCUGCUGGAAAACUGGCAAAGCCAAGCAUGAAAGAUCUUGAAUACAUUGAAGAGCUGAAGAAACUUAUAGAAAAAGAAGAGAUACCUGCUCCUGCUCCAAUUGAGCAGCGAUGGUCAGCUAGCACCAGGAGUCCCUUGAGUCCCGCUUCAAGUCCGUCAGAGGAUGAUAUAUUUUCUUGGGUUGGUAUAAUCAUGUACCUACCUACCAUGGAUGCUCGCCAAAGAAAAGAUAUAACGGAAGAAUUCUUUCAUUACAGACAUUUGACUCAAGCAAAAUUAUGGGAUAAUAACUACUCUGCUUAUGAACACUGGGCAAAGAUUGAGGUUCCAAAGAACAAGGAGGAGCUUGUAGCUCUCCAAGCAAGGCUGAGAAAGCGGUUUCCUGUGGAUGUAUACAAUAAGGCGAGAAAGGAACUGGAUCCCAAUAGGAUUCUUUCAAAUAACAAGUUGGAAAAGCUCUUUCCGCAAUCAGAAACCAUAUGACGUUAUGGGUUGAUUAUAUUUCUAAACUUUUCUUGUAAGUACAUCUUGUACUUUAAGUUCUUGACUGCAGCAAGUCAUUUGGAACUUCAGGAAGCAAAAUGUUAGUUACACAUACUAUCAGAAUUAUUAUACAUAAAUAUACAUUCUUUCAGUUUAUUGCUUGC